ACAGCCCCAAAUCUAAACAACCCUUUGAUUUCACUUCUCUUUCUCAAACUGACCGAAAUAACCACAAUCCAGAUUACAGACCUUGAAAUCACUAAUGCAGAAGAAAGAACAAACCAAUCCCUUGAUGGGUUCUGGGUUACCAUUCAUUAGAGGCCAACACCACUACCACCAAUAUGCAGCUCUUUCUACUCCUCAAUCCCUCCCAAAAGACCCGGAUGAUGAUGAUUUUGGUCCAAUGGGUGGAGUCGUGUUGGGUGAUUAUAGGUUGCUGAAGAUGAAGGCCAUCUGGGCUCUCAGUGGAAGUUCAGAUGGAAUUUCAGAAGAUUUUGAUGGUGGAAGGUGCGGAUGUGAGUGCUGAUGGGGGCAAAAAGUUUGGCACUGAUGGGGAUUGUUCCCGAAGAACUUACAGAGGAGAAUUAUGAGAACUGGAAAGCAUGUUUACGGAAUUAUUUAAUUGGGCAAGGUCUUUGGGAUGUUGUCUCAGGUGUGGACCCUAAACCUGGUGAAAAAGGAGAAACUGAAGCAUUUGAGACUUGGAGAAAGAAGAAUGCAAUGGCUUUACAUGCAAUACAAAUGUCAUGUGGAUCACACGCACUGGUCAACAUCAGGGAAACAGAUUCAGCUAAAUUCGCUUGGGAUCACUUGGUUGAAUUGCGCCACCAUCGAACUCAACACUCACCACCCCUAGUUCAACACCCAAAGUAUGACCAAGAGACUCUAGAGUGGCAGAAAUAUAAACCCUUAUUCGAGGCUGUGGACAAUGGUGAUUGGAGGACUACAAAAGCAUUCCUUGAUUACGAUCAUAAUGCUGUAAGAGCCUUAAUUUCGCCUACUAAGGAGACAGCUCUUCAUGUUGCAAUUUUGGCUGGGCAUGUGCAUAUUGUCAAGGAGUUAGUGAAGUUGAUGACCCCAAAGGACUUGGAAUUGAUAAGCGGACUUGGUGAGACAGCCCUUACUACUGCUGCUAUCAGCGGAAUCACAGAGAUGGCAGAAACCAUAGUUAAUAAGCAUGCUGGAGCAGUCAGUGUUGGAAAUGAACAUGGCCAAAUACCAGUUAUAGUGGCUUCUUUUUAUGACCAAAAAAAAAUGGUAAGAUAUCUUUAUGGCAGGACUCCCAUUCAAGAGCUAAGCCCAGAAAAAGGCACAAAUGGUGCCACCCUCCUUAAUUUUCUGGUCUCUGCAAACAUAUAUGAUAUUGCUUUGCAUCUACUGAAACAUCACCGACAACUUGGUUUCAUUGGAGAUUACUAUGGGAAACUUACCAUGAGAAUAUUAGCUCAAAAACCAUCUGCAUUUCCAAGUGGAAGCAAGCUUGUGUUUUGGGAACGAUGGAUCUACUCACUUAUACAUAUAAAACCAUUUGAUGAACAAUAUCAAGAGCAUGAACAGCCCCAUCGGGCACCAGCUGACGAAGACAACCCUGAAAGUUCUCGGCAGGGCCAACAUCUAAUUAGCCGAGUUCCUAGUUGGUGGCAUGGAUUGAUUUUGAGGCUUUUAAUAAACUUUGUCCCAGAUUUCAAGCAUAUAUAUGAGACAAAGUGGGUGCACGUUAGAUCUUCUCAACUCCUUGAUUGCAUUUUUGAGGAAAUACCAAAUUUGACGAUGGAAUCUCGUCAAAUGUCUGGGAUGGAUCACGCACUUUACGAUGCCAUCAAGCAUGGAAUUGUCGAGUUUGUUGUCAAACUGAUGAAACAAGACCAUGAAUCAAUUUGGAGAAAAGGUAUAAAAGGCAGAACAAUGUUUUCACAUGCAAUUGUUCUACGCCAAGAAAAGAUCUUUAGCCUAAUAUAUGGGUUGGGUAUAAAGAAGAACAUAGUAGCACGUCGACAUGAUAUCUUUCAUAACAACAUUUUACAUCUUGCUGGAAAGUUAUCUCCUCCCUCUCAGCUUGAUCGUGUCUCAGGUGCAGCUUUGCAGAUGCAAAGGGAACUACAAUGGUUUAAGGAAGUGGAGAGCAUGGUACAAGCAAAAUAUAAAGAAGAGUUCAAUGAAUAUCAUAAAACACCAAGUACUGUGUUUACUGAGGAACAUGCAACAUUGGUGAAAGAAGGGGAAAGCUGGAUGAAGAGUACUGCUGCAUCAUGUAUGGUUGUGGCCACUCUCAUUGCUGCCCUCAUGUUUACCACAGCAUUUACACUCCCUGGUGGGACUAAAAGUGAUACUGGCAUCCCUGUAUUUAUUGGACAUGGUGCAUUUAUGGUUUUUAUUGUGGCUGAUUCUCUGUCACUAUUCUCUUCAUCCACCUCUGUGUUGAUGUUCUUAGGAAUACUCACGUCGCGCUAUGCAGAGGAGGAUUUCCUCAAGUCUUUGCCCAACAAAUUGAUUAUCGGUCUUUCCUCACUUUUCUUCUCACUGUUGAGCAUGAUGGUAGCCUUUGGCUCUGCCAUUUAUGUUGUUCUUAGUCACCGCAUAGCUUGGGUGUCAAUUCCACUCAUUGUUCUUGCCUGCAUUCCAAUUACCUUUUUUGCUUUAUUGCAAUUUCCUCUUCUUGUUGAGAUUGUCAUGUGCACGUAUGGACGGAGCAUAUUUGACAAGCCAACAAAACUUCCAUUCUAAGUAUUUUUGGUUGUACCGCUCAUUGCAUCACUUCUUGGGUCUGCGGGAGGCAGGCUAUUCUUGUUCAUGAGUAUUUUGGUGUUCGAGGGAACCGUUAACUUAUGUAUUUUUCUUUUUUCAAAUCUACUACUAGAUAUGCUUCAUAACUUGCUCAGAUUAUUCUCUGUUUUCAUGAUAUGACUCAGCAGGGCAUUGUGAUAUGAUAUUUACCUUUUAGUGCACCCCUUAAAUGGUUUCU